AUGAGAGGUGCAGGCUUACCGAGGCUGGUGACCAGUCGGUCACUACCUCGUAUAUCGAGCCUGCGUGCGUUCGGCAUCAAGAGACCUACAUCACCUCAUCUCUUCUGUGCACCUGCCGCCGGCGGGACUACUUUGCCUGGAAGAAGAUAUGCUCACAUUGCUUCUCUUCUGGGAGCAACGGUCCCUGCUGAGGAACCUCUUGAAACAGCAAUCCAAACAAACACCUAUUCAAACGUCGGAUCAUUACUCGACGAUAAGUUUAUAUCUCUGGGAACGCUUCUCGAUCACUAUGAUCUCACCUCUCCCAUUCCUUCAGAUCACCUCUUACCUCUCCUUAAACACCAAUCACGUCCGUCCGACAUCAUCACUCUUAUGCCGUCGAUAAUAGCCUAUGUCGAAGAGACAGAGAUACCUAUAGAUCACAUCGUCGAUCUAAUCCAACAGCUUCUUAUACACUUGGGCCGACAUCAGAUGUUUGCAUUACUCCCUUCGGUGGUUCAGCUGUUCUUACAGAGAAUGGAGGUAGAAAUAGAUGUGACCGUUCAAUUGGAUGUAGAUGAUCUACAAGCGAAAUAUAAAGGAUUUAUCCAACACCUCCGAUAUUUCACUAUCCUUGGACCAUCUAGAGCUACUCAACCUCUCCCUUUACCUGUCAGAGACCAAAUAACUCGUAUAGUCGCUCACUUGCUCAAGACUCUUUCCGAAUUACCAUCAUCAUCUAAAGUAGACUCACAACCACAACUAUCCCCUUUGUUUCUCAAAUACAUCUUCAGACGUCGAUUCCUAACUCCAGAACUACGGAGAAUGUUAGUGGGAUAUUCAUUUUCCAGGAAGAUCGAACUGACAAGAUUCCAAUGGCAACAAUGUACCCUAUCGGCUAUGGAGGAAGGAGAUGAUAAGGCCGCUAGGAAAUACAGGAUACGGUGGAAAUUGGCUAUAGAUAAGACUAACGCUAUAGCUACAUCUAAAGCCAAUGAAGAGAAUGAAAAAGAGGAGGAACUUGACGAAGAUGAACUAUUGGAGAAAGCACAAAUCGUCAAUGAAGAACCGAUCAGAAGUACCAUUGAGAUGUGUACGCCUACGACCUCGGUGUCGGAGAGGGAUAAGCAGAUCUCCAAUAUCAUUAGUGAAAUGGUACUGUCACAAUAUAGUAAAUCGCUAGACAAUAUUUUACCUACGAUGAAACCUUACAUCAACACACGAUCGUUGUCCGACUUGGAUGCUCAUUUGAAGAACGCGACUGGACCCGGAUUGAAGAAUAGUUUAAGAGGAACCAAAUUCCGACCUGCUCGGUAUGAUGCUCAUUCAUUACUUCGCUACGCCUGGUCGAUCUUAUUAGACAGAUGCUCGAAGGAUAAAAGAGUUACGGCGGAAGCUUUACUUGAGAUGGCGGAGACUCUCCCUGGAGAUGCCGUGGUGGGACAUACCCUCACUCCGAUAAUGUACGGUCUAAUCAAGCGCGGAGAACCAUUAAAAGCGUGGGAAAUAUGGAGGGAUCUGAUAGAACGGGAGAAAUCUGCUCCAUCCAUUGCCAAGGGCUUGUUUGUGGAUAGGAUCACACUAGCGGUAGCCACCGAGGCUUGUCACGCAGCUUUAAACAUCGAAACUGCUAUUGUCCUAGUCGACACCUGGGCUAAGAGACCUACAGCAAUCACAAAGAGAAAGGAGAAUAGCUGGGCAGGAUCUAUCCCGUUAGAUGCUCAGAACAUCAAUAUCCUCUUGAACCUCUGUCGACUUGAUGGGAAACCCUCUCUAGCAUUCAGAUUAUGGUCCGCUGCCUUACCUCGGUAUGGAGUUUACCUAGAUGAUAUUUCCCUGAACCUUCUACUGGAUAUAGCGAGGUAUAGCGAAGAUGAUCUGGAAGACGAAGUUGUUUUAUCGCAUCAAGAGGAAAACGAACUCUUUCGUCGAAGGCUUCGAGCGAUAGCGCAGGAAUUUCAAUUCCGAAGAAAGAGGAGGGAAUCAAAUGAUAAUAACCAAGAAGAGGGUGAUGAAUGGUUGAGUACAGAAGAUGAAAAUAAUCGGAUGUACAACGAUAAGACUUGGGCGAAUAGCUCGACCAGUAUCUUACUUGAUAAUCCGAAUACUGCUUGGAGGUAUAGAUUUGACAAAGGUGGUAUGGAAGCACCUUGGAAGAAGGCUAGAAGGAUAUUUCGUCAGGUAGUCUUGGGAAAUUGGCCACAUUUGAGGGAUGUGCAAUCCCCACUGGAAUUAGCUCAUCAAGGUGCUUUCGGAUCGAUCUUAUCGUUUUUCAGCUCAUCCGAUGCAUCAGAUCCCAAGCAAGAACAGGCAAAUAGAGAGAUACUCAUUCCCUCGCCGAAUGCACGAUUCACCCAUAUCAUACCCACAUCCAAUACUUUUCGAUCGUAUAUCGCCUUACUGGGGUACUACAAUAGACAUUCCGAGAUACCGAUAGUAUUAGCUUGGAUGAAAUCCUUGGAUAUCAAACCGACAUGGUCAACAAUGUGUUUGGCGUUAUUGCACAUCUGUGAAUCUGAGGGACCGAGAAGAUGGAUUAAAGGGUUUGGCGAAGAUGGAAAGGGUUUGCGCCUGGUGAGGGAUGAGGAGAUUAUGAGGAAAUGGUUGCAGGAUUGGUUAGAAGGGGAGAAUUCAAAGACGAAGGGCAACACGAAUAUGUCCUAUAAUGUCGUACCCACUGAACAGGAUGUGGCGAAUAGUAGGAGAUGGUUAGCGGAAAGAAGACAGAGGUUGACUGCGUGA